AGGGGGGUUGGAUUUGCGCGCCUCGGCGGGGCGGUGAGGCGGAGGCGGACGGAGUCUGAGCCCGGGCGGCGCGCAGCGGAGCCGGGCGGGGCGGAGCAGCCGCAGCGCAGCAUCGACAUGGAGCUGGAGAACAUCGUGGCCAACACGGUGCUGCUGAAAGCCCGGGAAGGAGGCGGCGGCGCCCGGAAAGGAAAGAGCAGGAAGUGGAAGCAGAUGCUGCAGUUUCCCCACAUCAGCCUGUGUGAGGAGCUGCGCCAGACCACAGAGAGGGACUACAGCAGCCUGUGUGAGCGGCAGCCAAUCGGACGGCUGCUCUUCAGAAACUUCUGUGAAACUCGAGACGACCUGAGAGCCUGCAUCCACUUCCUGGACGCCGCGGCUGAGUAUGAAGUGUCUCCAGACGACCAGAGGGGGCGCUGUGGUCAGGAGAUCCUCCACAGAUACUUCAACCCAAAGUCGGAGGACUUCGUCCCGCAGCUGGAGGCGUCCGCGGUGGAGCAGUGUGCGGCGCGGCUCCGGGACGGCGCCGGGAAGGACGUGUUCCAGGACUGCACCAAGCUGGUCCAUGAGUUCCUGCAGGUGGCGCCGCUGGCGGACUUCCUGGACAGCGUCUUCUACAGCCGCUUCCUGCAGUGGAAGUGGCUGGAGAGUGUCCCUCAGCGUCCCUCAGUGUCCCUCGGUGUCCCUUGGUGUCCCUCGGCGUCCCUCGGCGUCCCGUCGUCCUCAGCGCUCCGUGUUGUCCAGGUGUGUGCGUGCCAGGUGCGUUCCUCGGGGAAGAUGUACGCCUGUAAGAAGCUGGAGAAGAAGAGGAUCAAGAAGCGCGGCGGCGGCGGCGGCGGCGGCGGCGGCGAGGCCAUGGUGCUCAACGAGAAGCUGAUCCUGGAGAAGCUCAACAGCAGAUUCGUGGUGAGCCUCGCGUACGCCUACGAGACGAGGGACGCUCUGUGUCUCGUCCUGACCCUGAUGAACGGCGGAGACCUGAAGUUCCACAUCUACCACAUGGGGGAGCCGGGUCUGGACCAGGACCGGGCCGUCUUCUACUCGGCCCAGAUCUGCUGCGGUCUGGAGGACCUGCACCGGGAGCGGAUCGCCUACAGAGACCUGAAGCCCGAGAACAUCCUGCUGGACGACCACGGUCACAUCAGGAUCUCUGACCUUGGUUUAGCCGUUCACAUCCCUGAAGGUCAAACUAUUAAAGGACGAGUGGGAACGGUGGGCUACAUGGCUCCAGAGGUGGUGCGGAACCAGCGCUACGCCUUGGCGCCGGACUGGUGGGGGCUGGGCUGCCUGCUGUUCGAGAUGCUGGAGGGCCGGGCGCCGUUCCAGCAGAGGAAGAGGAGGAUGAGGAGGGAGGAGGUGGAGCGGCUGGUGCUGGAGGCGGAGGAGGAGUACUCCGCCAAGUUCUCCCGGGACGCCCGGUCCCUCUGCAGGAAGCUGCUGGCCAAAGACCCCUCAGAGAGACUGGGCUGUCAGGGGGGCGGAGCCUCAGAGGUCAAAGGUCACCCCAUGUUCAGCUCCAUCAACUUCACGCGUCUGGAGGCGGGAAUGCUGCAGCCGCCCUUCGUACCCGACCCUCAGGCCAUCUACUGUAAAGACGUUCUGGACAUCGAGCAGUUCUCCUCGGUCAGAGGAGUGGAGCUGGAGCCCCGAGACCAGGACUUCUACAGCAAAGUGUCCACCGGGAGCGUCAGCAUCCCCUGGCAGAAUGAGAUGAUCGAGACGGAGUGUUUCUCCGAACUCAACGUCUUCCUGCCCGACGGCUCGGUGACCCCCGACCUGGACUGGAGGGGUCAGCCGUCUCCGCCCCCCAAACGGGGUCUGCUGCAGUGGCUGUUUGUCCGACAGGACUGCUGUGGGAACUGCAGCGACAGCGACGAGGAGGCUGCCAGGCUGUGACACACACACACACACACACACACACACACACACACACACACACAGCAUCUUGUUCAGGCUGCUGGUGCGUUGUUGCCUCGGUGUCGGGAUCUAAACAGUUUCAUGUUAUUUAAAAACACGACGAAGAGAAAAUAAACUUAUUUUUUUACUGGAA